GGAGCGCGAGCUUGCCCGGGACAAGCGCCCGCCGGGACCUGGGGACCGAGAAGCCGCUCGAGCGCCCUGCUCGGCCGCCAGCCCCGGUCCCGGUCCGUCUGCACUGCCCAUGUCCCCCUCGGCGCCCUCUCUCCGCCGUCCUCCUCUGCGCAGCGCUCCCCGGCGCCUCCGCCUCUCCGCCGCGCUGCUCUCAUCUGGCUCCACAUCCGGGCGCGGGGGCGCACAAUGCCCGUUCUCCCCCGCCGCCUUGCCCAACCCAUUCUCUGUGGUCGGGGACGCGCCGUCGGGGCCGGCGGGGGUACGUUUCUCGCUGAGCGUACGCGUGCGCAGCUUGGCCACGCGGUAGAUGCGUGCAUAGACUAGGCCCAUGAUGAGGCACGGCGCGAAGAAGGAGCCUAUGCAGGAGGACAAGAUGUACCAAGUCUCAUCGUUGAGGCCGCACUGCGGGUAGGCGGCGCCGUCGGGCCGGCGGUAGAACGAGACGAGAGGCGGGAAGGAGAUGACAGCCGAGAUGAGCCACACAGCCACGAUGGUGGCCUUGACACGGCGCGGCGUGCGCUUCAGAUUGUACUCUACCGCCUGCGUCACCGACCAGUAGCGGUCCAGGCUUAUGGCACAUAAAUGAACGAUGGACGAGGUGCAGAAGAGCACGUCCAGUGCCAGGUACACACCACACCACACUUGCCCGAAGUACCAGUAGGCCAUGAGCUCAUUGGCCAGCGAAAAGGGCAUGACCAAUGUGGCCACCAGGAUGUCAGCUGAGGCCAGAGACACCAGGAAGAGGUUCUGCGGGGCGCGCAGCGCUCGGCUGGUCAGAACAGCGAUCACCACGAGCACGUUGCCCACCACGGUGAAAACGAUGAGGAAACCCACCACGGCUGCCAGCCCCGCCACGGCACCUGCGGAGUACUGGCCUGGCGGCGGCCCCCAGUCAGUCCCCGAGACGUUGGCACCCCCGCCACUACCCCAGUCACCCGCGUCGCUCCCGUUGGGGCCCUCAGCCGCCGCCACCGCCAGCGCCGCCGCCAGCGCCGGGGACGCCAUGGUCCUCCCUCGAGCUACGCGGUCCUGCCAGGAGCCGGGGCGCAGUCGCGGCAGCUCGGGCGCCCCCCAGCCAGGGUCGGCGUCCGCAUCGCCGCCUGCUCCUCCGGCGUGCCUGCUGGGGGCCGUGAAGCCCCGCAGCCGGCCCUCGGCCGUGGUGGCCCGGCGGGCGGGCGGCGCGCUGGAGAGCGUGGCUGCCGGGCUCCCCGCAGCUGCCGCGCGCGUAAGUGCAGAGCUGGAGGUGCCCGGAGAGCGCGGCGACGCGGUGGUGGGGGGAAGGGGGGUAGGUCCCAGGUCCUCGCGCGGCCCCGCCCUCGGCCUGGGUUCAGUGGGAGCGCCGGGGCAGCCAGCCCACGGAGAUGCAGUGUCCAAGCUGGCGCACGUUAGCGGCUCCACGGUCCGGGUACCCGACUGGGCUGCAGGCUGCAGGAGGCAGCACGGACGAUCAGCUUCCCAUCCUCCUGGCUUGGGCUAGGCGAGCCAGGGCGCGGGCUGCCGCUCUUCCGGGCCCCCGCGCCCAACCUCCGACUGCAACUUUACUUUGCCGGGCUGGGCGCCUACACCCGCUGUCCUCCUGCUGUUCUGGGUGCGGGCGCCCCCCGUGGUCCGCGUUCGGCCGUGCGGGCGCCGCCUCGCCCUCCCCGCUCGCCGGUGCAGCGUCUUCGCAGCCGCCGCGGUGCGCUUGGCGCAAGUGCCGCCGCCGGUGCUCGGCUUCCAACUUGAGUCCAGUUGCGCAGCGGGGAGGGCCCAACGGGGCGGGGCGGGGCGCCCCGCAGGCCCGAGCCACCGGCCCGGGGGGAGCGGGCCCGCAGCCGGAGCCCGCGGCCGCUUGGGCGAACCUGCCGGCGGCGCCGGGGAGGAGCCCGAGGCGGCGGCGCAGGGCGCGCACUCGGCGAGGGCGCCCCCUCCAGGGCUGACUGCAGCUUGCGAGGCCGGGCUGAGCGCGGGCUGGCCUGAGCGGUUGUCCAGAAGGUCUGCUAACCCCUGGUCCAAGGUCUGCAGGUGGGAGGCUGUAGUGUCCAAGCCGGCCGGUAAGACCUCCUUGUCAGUGAAAAACGGAGAGGAAGGCCUGCUGCUACCCUUCCUGGUUGGUCAUGCAUGUAUGAGGAUAUGAUGCCAAGAGAUGCAGCAGCUGUCUGUCCUGUGACCAAGAAAAGAUGAGGACAAGGAUGCAUGUCACAGAAGAAACAGUCUGUGGCCCUAAUGCCACUAUUUUGGAGCUGCCAUGAAUCACCCUAGAGCCACCCUUGGGCCAGGCUUCCUGCUGUUGAGGCACAAACUAAGUAAGUUCUUGCCACUGUGCACUCCAAAGCUGCCUGGGAUCAAGUCCCUAGGACCUGUGACUAUGUGGCACCACGUGCCUAAUGUACCUUUUAUGUCUGGGUGAGUCAAGGAUCCUGCAACACAGAGUGUUCUGGAGUAUGCCAGUGGGUCCCCUGUGAACACAGGUGUCUUCAAGCGAAGGAGAGGGGCAGGCAAGUCAUGGGAGUUUGGGUGACACAAACAAGCCAGGGCUGACAGAGGAGGACAGGCCAAAAGGGAUGGACUGAAACACCCUCGGGAAGUGGGAGAGACCGGGAAACAGAUUCUCCAACACAGCCUCCAGGAGGAGCCACCCCUGCGGACACAGUUCAGGCUUCUGACAUCUAAAACUGUAGGGAAGUGUGAAGGUAUGUGCAUACGUGUACACAUACGUGUGAGGGGGUGGGGAU